UUCAAAAUUAUGAAAUGAACUUUCAUAUAUUAACCAAAGAUCAUAUCUUUUUGCCAUAUUCCUCAAAAUGUAAAUGGUUAGCUCCUUUUACUUUUAUUCAAGCAGCAGACACACAAUAUGGAAUGAUGGAUACCUUUAAAGAAAAUACUCCGGAGUAUAACUGGGACGAAGAGAUCAAAUUAACCGAAAAGGCGAUAGAAUUAGCCAACAAUCUAACCCCAAAGCCAAAGUUUUUUAUCGUGUGCGGUGAUUUAGUCAAUGCAUUUCCCGGCCAAAAACUGAAGUCUUCCCAAAUAUCUUCCUUCAAGCAAACCUUUAACAAAUUAGAUCCUAAAAUUCCUCUGAUCUGUGUAUGCGGUAAUCACGAUAUAGGAAACUACCCUACCUCAAAAGACGUCCUCGAUUAUAGAAGAGAUUUUGGAGACGAUUAUUUUUCAUUUUGGGUCGACGGAGUCAAGUGCAUUGUCCUCAAUUCUCAAUACUAUUUCGAUGAUACUCAUGUCAAAGAAUAUAGCAAGGAGCAAGAUGAUUGGUUAAUAUCUGAACUCGAGGACGGGAAAGAAAACAAUGCUCAACACAUUAUAGCCUUCCAACAUAUCCCUUGGUUCUUAUUCAAAUCGGACGAAGAAAUGAUCUUUUACGAUUACGGCGAAACUUCUCAGGGCUCGUUUAACCUCAAAAAAGAGUUGCGAUUUAAAAUGUUGGAACUUUUUAAAUCUUAUGGGGUAACCAAAAUAUUUUGUGGACAUUACCAUAGAAAUGCUGGCGGUUUUUAUCAAGAUACGCUGGAAGUCGUUACCACGUCUGCUAUUGGUUGUCAGCUGGGCAACGACAAAUCAGGGUUUCGUCUGGUCAAAGUUUAUUCUGACCAAAUAACUCAUAAAUACCUCUCCUUCGAUUCAUUCGAUUCUAAAGACCCAUUCCUACAAUUAUAGAUUUUUUUGUUGGAAAUUUAGUGAUUGUACUGCGGAAUUUGUAAUUUUAAUCAGGCCAUCAUUUUUUAUUUAUUGCUAAACAAAGUUUUUAAUAUUUCAAAAAAUUAAAUAUAAUUCUUUUAUUAUAAUUUUUGAAUAAAAAUACCUUUAAUUUAAUAGGGGUUAUUUUUAAAUGAAUAGCUGCCCGCAUAUUGUAUAUAUGAAAGAUUGUACCCCGGAAUUUAUAAUUUUAAUCAGGCCAUCAUUUUUUAUUUAUUGAUAAACAAAGUUUUUAACAUUUCAAAAAAUUAAAUAUAAUUCUUUUAUUAUAAUUUUUGAAUAAAAAUACCUUUAAUUUAAUAGGGGUUAUUAAAUGAA